ACCUCGUUCAGUUAGUCGCGACGUUCCCAGCCGUUAGCACGUAACUUGGCUUUUGCGGGGUAGAAAACCUGUUCCACAAGAAAUAAAGCUUCCAGCGAAAGUGAUCUGUGCUGUUGCAUAAGUCUCCUCCGAAAGGGUUUCUGCUAGAAACGCAAAAUGUUGACGAAGAAUCUGUUGCUGUUGGUGUGUCUGUUCGUUGCUGGGAGUUACGCACAAUCCAAGGUCUCCGUGUACAUUUACUACGAGUCUCUCUGCCCGGACAGUGCCAAAUUUAUCAACCAGCAGCUUUACCCGGCGGCCAAACAGUUCAAAGACAACAUCGAUCUGAAGUUUGUCCCCUUCGGCAAAUCGUCCUACAGAACGCAGGGUUCGGACACAAUCUUCGACUGUCACCACGGUCCGAACGAGUGCUAUGGCAACAAGGUUCAUGCCUGUGCUUUGUAUCACAUCCAGGGUAAUUCGUUCCAACCGAACAAUACUCGCGACGUGUUGAUCCUGGAGUACGUGAACUGUCUGAUGGAGCGAGCCCAGUUCCAAGCCGGCGAAUUUCCCGGUAAGGUGUGCGCCGAUAUGCACGAAAUCCAUAACUGGGAUACCAUAGAGCAGUGUGCCAACACCACCGAGGGCAGCAGUCUGCUGAAGAACUACGGAGAUGAAACGGCUAAAUUGCAGCAACCUCUGAAGAGUGUUCCGACCGUCGCUUUCCGACAGACAUUUGAUGCCGAUAACCAAAAGCUAGCGGUGGAGAACUUCCGAGCAGCUUUGUGUAAAAAUUUGAAACCAUCACCAGUUGAGUGCCGUAAUAUUCCGGGAAGUGCUCCUGCAGUCGCUUCAUUUGCCCUGGUUACCCUUCUGUCUGUGAUCCUUACACGCAUGUUCUAAUGGAAGAGAAAGCCGCCCGCAGGUGCUUAGCUUAACCUGUACUUCAUCUUCCAACGUGGUGCAUUUAACUGUGUUACUAUUUCGAAGCGAACUCCGUCCAUACUGUUGUAAACAACAUUGUUUUCGUAUUAUCAGAGCUGUAUUUUAUCAGUUGUAAACGUACAAUAAAUUGAGAAAUAAAGUGACCUUACUUGAUUUUAAGAA